AUGAAAUUGAUAAUAGUUCUAUUUGUAUUAGCUUUGAUUCAGGACUCUAAUUAAACUACGUAAUUCACUAGAUUCAAGAAUCAAUGCAACUUUAUACCAUCCAAUGAUAACUAGAUUGGUAAGAAUGUCAAUUUAAAAAGUCUAAAUCUGGGGAUAUUGGAAUUAAUAACAAUGUAUUCAAUGUCAGCCUUGGUGUACUUGUUCGAAUUACAUGGGGUGUAAUCAAAUCAGUUGUCCUGUUGGUCAUGUGGCUUAUUAGAAAACAAAGAUUUGUAUCCCUUGCCCCAAAGGGUGUAAGGAAUGCAGAUUAGGUUAUGAAAUGAACAUUAGAAGUUGCUCAGAAUGCGAUGAUGGAUAUUAAUUGAUAGGUAAAUUUAAUAAAUCAGACCCAAGGUAAGAUGUGUGUGUAAUUGACAGUUUUUCAGAUUAGAACAUCAUAAUUGAAGGAAGUAUAUAUGGUCUAUAAUAAUCCAUACAGUCAGCCAUUAAACAAUAAAUUUGCAAUAUGUCAAGAGUUAGACUCAACUACUUCACUGUGUUCAAAAUGUCCAGACAAUUAUUUUUUGAAUGAAUUCAAUUAAUGUGAGUAAUGUCCAACAGGAUGUAUAUGUGCUCAAAGGGGAACAUGUCAGUACUGUAUGGAGGGAUACUAUUAUAGUCCAGUAGCUAAUGAGAAUACGGCUACAGUUACUGCUGGCUAGAGAUUGCAAAGUGGAUUUUAUCAAUAUGGUAGAAUAAUCAAUAUUAUAAAUUAUUAGGAAGUGGCAGUUGUAUGAGAUGUAGCGAUCCAAAUGCCAUAUAAUGCACUUCCUCCUUCUCAUCCUCAUGUGCAUAAGGAUAUUACAUGAAUACUGCUUAGACUGAAUGCGCGGCUUGCAAUCCUGAAUGUAGUGCAUGCAAAACUUCAGCUGGCAAUUGUACAAAUUGUUAAAAUGGAUAUUACUUAUAGAAUUCAAGUUGUAUACUCUGCAGUGGCAACACUCAAUAACAGAUCAUUUGUUUGGGCUGUAUUCAAAGUGGAUAUUGUUAAUAAUGUGCAGCUAAUUUGUAUUUAUCGAAAGGAUAAUGCUAUACUUGUAGCGAAGGUUGUGUGUAAUGUACAAAUAGCACAUGUUAAGUGUGUGAUAAUGGAUAUUAUUUGAAUUCAGGAUCUUGUUAGAGUUGCGAUUAAAAUGUUCAAUAUUGCGAUGACAACACUGGAACUCCUACUUAAUGCAUUCAGGGAUAUUUAUUGGUUUCUGAUAUAAAUAAUUCCAAUAAUCUNAGCAGAAGAUCUCAAUUAAUUUAGUCUAUGUUGCAUAGUUUUAACUGUUCUAAGGGAUUACUAAGUCGGACCUAAAAAUAAAUCUGA